AAACAAAGAGAAAUUACACCAUCUUCACAUAAUAAUGAUGAUGACAUGGAGAUUGGCGACGCUCCGACACCUCCAUCAAUGUCACAACUGUCACCUCCAGCUUAUCCAUACAUAAUAUCCUCUUCCGCUGUGCCUCCCAUCCAAAGAAUGAACGGACCACCCCCUUUAUACCCUAAUAGUCUGCCGAUGACGCAAACCAGAUUUUAUCCACAGAAAGGACCACCUGAGCGACCAUUCCAUACUUCGACUUCCUCUCUUAACAAUAAACCUUAUUCUAAACAUGAUCCAAAUUCGCUUUACCAUUACAAU